AUGAGACUCAAGGCCUUGAUAAAAAAGAGGACAAACGAUCUUCUAGUUGCCUUGAGAAGUCUUAGAGGAAAGAUAUGCAGUGAAGACGUUCUUAGACAAGUUCUGGGCAAUAUCCAUAAAAGCUAUAUCCGCCUUGAGGUGCUACUAAAUAAGCCAGGACUUUCACAUCAGGAGCCUGUGGAAGUUGAUUCCACAAAUGGAGUCGUAAGGUAUAAAACAGGGAACCUUGAAUUUCUGUAUCAUGAGGAACAUGGGGUUAUCUCUGUAAGCACAGGCGACACGGGGAUAAAUAAUUACCUCCUCUGUUUGAUAAGAGGCAAACCGGUCGACACACACUUAGAAACUGCUUCGGCAAUGCUUGGGAUGUAUGCAGGAAAUGAAAGAGCAUUGUGUGAUGUGUGUGGAAAUUAUGCAACUGUUCCAGGGCUCUUGACACCGAUAUGCCGGUCUCCUGAAGAAGACUUCGUACUUGUACACCACGCCCAAUGCAAAGUGGAAUCUCUGGAGAAAUAA